CAAAGAAGGGUGCGCAAUUUCAAGCACGAGGGAUUCUGAAAAAAUAUGAUCCUGGGGGCUACUUCUCCGCCACUAAAAUGGCAUCAGACGCUGAUCAGAGAUAUCGCUCCCUGUAUGGUCCAAUUCUCAAGCCUUCUGGUGAAAUCAGGCUUGUAGUCCUCCAUCCGAUCGACAACCCGCGGAAUACAAUCAGUUGUGACCUCGUGCGAGUGUCUUUAAACGAUGAAAUUCGAUUUGAAGCACUUUCUUACGAGUGGGGGGAACCAGGAGACGAGAGGGAUAUUAUCGUCAAUAAUGUGGCGGUUCCUGUACGAAGAAAUCUCUGGGAAGCAUUGUACCACCUACGAGAGCCUUACGAGCGGAGAUUUUGGAUUGACGCGAUGUGCAUCAAUCAAUCAAACAAGGAUGAGCGCAACCAGCAAGUCAGACAGAUGAAACGAAUAUACGAGCAAUCAUGGGGAGUGCUUAUCUGGCUGGGUCUGCCAAGUGCAGACAGCCAACUUGCCUUGAGAUUCAUUGCACACUUCGAGCAUUACAGGGGUCAUUUCGUAGAGUGGGAUACCGACUGCAAGGAGGAAUUAACAGCGAUUCGCCAUUUGUGUAAUCGAUCCUACUGGAACCGACUCUGGAUUAUUCAGGAGGUCUUGGUUGCAAAGAAUGCCAGGAUGCAAUGCGGUAUAGACUAUGCUAAUUGGGACUACUUCGACAAGUUCCAAGUGGCUUUUGAAAGUGGAGAAAUCAGGACCCGAAACAAAGACAAGUUUAAGGAUUUGAAAUCAUCUUCGGCAUUUCAACUUGACAAAUACCAGAUAUUAUACCACAAUCGAAGUUCGUCAUUGGAAGAUCUUCUAGAAGUCUUUUCAGCAGCAAAAUGCAAAGAAAUCAAGGAUAAAAUCUAUGGCCUCGCUGGUAUUACAAAGGAUGCAGCCAACUUGCCGCUUGAUUAUUCUAAAUCAAUCUUCGAAAUCUUCACAGACGUGGUGAUGCUUCGCGAGUAUCAAGACUGUGCCUCAAUGAUUUCAUUUGCUAGCUUUUUGCAGCGGGUCUUUGAAGGCGGUGUGAGGGCGUCUGCUCAUGCAACUCAUCCGAUCGCCCAUGAGUCCGAGAGACUCGUAGGGGCAUUGGGCUACUGUUGUGGUUCCAUCAACAAAUUUGGGCCGUAUUUUGAGGAUGCUUCCACCUCAGUCUCCGCAAUGAUUGAGGCAGCUGCCCAACGACGGCUCCAAUCCCUGUUAGAAGGCCAAACUCCAGGAAGGAAAGAAAUGAUAAAAGAACAAAUUAAGGUGCUGUUUCAGAUGGAGCAACAGGUUUUAAGAGAGACAGUCCCUAUUCAUAGCCAUUUGUCUUACGGAUUGCGAGGGGGUCGGGGAUUUCGAGAGUAUAUGGAACGGUUUAUGGAUGUCCGGACCGCAGGGCGGAGGUACCUCUCAAAUGCCCCUCAACCGUGGGGUCAGCUGACACAACAACUCAGCCCAGCAAGGACAAGUUGUGCUUUACAGCGAGAAGAAUACAAAGCUGUAGAGCCUCGCUUCUUUCUUGACAACGAUGGGAAUGUGGGUGUUGCACCCAGCAAUGCUUGGGCUUCAGAUAUACUGUGUGGUUUUCAAGGGUCUGAUAUUAUUGCCGUCUUGAGGUGGAUCCAAGACCGCUAUUUCCUGGUUGGCCGAGCUCUGUUACUGGGAAGAACAAUUGACAGGCGGCGAAUUGAGACGUGUUCAGAGAUGGAGGAUAGAAUAAGCCUGUACUUAAAUGCUGGUGCGUUGCAGCUGCUGACACAGUAGGCUUGUCCUCAUUUUCUGGUUCUGUAUUAUUGCUGUAGAGUAACAAUAUAAGUAUCAACUAUUCUGC